AUGAGCGAUCGGGGAUACUUUUUUUUUUAUUAUUUUGACAUUUCUUAUGUACCCAUGUUACUUAGUCCAAAUAAUUGUACGUUGGUGGAUUUUUCUUUACAAUUUUUGAUAUGGCAAAUCCUUCACGUACAAAUUGGUUUGUACCAAUAGUGGGUAGUUAUUCUGAUCGGAUUGCGGGUUAAAGCAUAUUGUGUCCAUAAAAAUUAAAAUAUCAUAGAAGCAAGAAAUAUUACUUGAUUGUGUUAUUUUAUAUUUAUUAGUUCUGUACACAAAAAAUAAAUAUCCAACGAAUAAUUAUGAGUUUGAUGCGGAUUUCUUCAUUUCAUUCUGUCAAAACACAACAAUAUAUACAUGAAGGGCACCUUCAAGUCGGCAGUUCACAGUUCUACAACAAUCGGAACAACUAUAUUUACGAGGUCUGUCUCGAAGAAGAAUGGAAGAAGAAGCUUCUCGGAGGUGGCCGAGUUAUUAUGAUUGGUUCGAGUUGUUCCUCUUGGCAUAAUUGUUGUCUGUGCCAGUCAAGUUUAGUUUUAUAGGAAAGAGUCGUUUCUAUGGCUCAAGAAGUGUUUUGUUGCUGUGAGUAUGAGAAUCGACAAGGGGAGAGGUCCCACCUGCUGGCCUGCUGCUGUGACUGUGAAGCACUUGAUCAAAUUGCUGACAGGUGCUUUAAGUGUGAAUCUAUUCCACCCUCGUUGAUUGACAAUUUCCUGGACACACUGGGUGACAGAUGUCGUAUCCCAGGGAUCACUGGGGGUGGGGCUUUACGUGUCAACCUUGAGCUGGCCACACCCCUUGUUGUCAUACCAACCAGUCUUAUCCUCGCUUCUAUUGGACCAAUCACAACCUUCUGUGUUCUGCUCUUUCUCCCAUGCUUUUGUGCAUUUUUUUAUAGUACUUGGAAACGUAGAACAAAUAAACUUCGUACCAAGUUUUUCUUCAUAUGGGGUCUGGUUUCCCUUGUGUUUAUGUACAUUCUGUUUGAACUGGUGAUAUGUGGGUAUACAAGAGUAUCCUACAGUGACAACAUUCUUAUGACUGUUGCAGUAAUAGGCAUGCUAGUAGCUUUGAAGUUUGCUAAACAGGACCCAGGGGUUUUGGUUGAGGAUAAGAGGGAAAAAUACAUGCAGGACUCGUAUGGUUUCUUCGGAGUCUACACAAACACUGAGGAGCAAAAAGCUGAAGAUGAGGACUUUGAGGUCAUCCAAAUGGAAGAUGUAAUGAAUGAAGAAGAGACAGAUGCUGUAAUCAAGGGAGACCACCCAUUAUCAAAGGGGGAUAACUGGUGUGUGAAGUGUGAGCUGCAAAAGCCCCCGAGGUCUGGCCACUGCAAUGUUUGUGAUGUAUGUAUAGCAGACAGGGACCAUCACUGUGUAUGGAUAGACAGCUGUGUGGGUAGGAAGAACCACCGCUCGUUCCUUGUUGCUAUGGUGAUGUUUGUGUUUGUUGGUUGCUAUGGCAGCUAUGUGACCCUUGCAGCAGUGUGUGACCCUGCCUGGCCUCAUGAUCCUUUCUGUCCUUCCUACAUGGCAUACAGAGAAUUCAAGUGGGGAUUGUGCUAUGCUAGUGCCUGGUACACACUGCUUGUCUGCUGCAUCAUGGCUGUCGGACUGGUUCACCAAAUUGUUCUCAUUUCCCAGAAUGCAACUUCACAGGAAGUUCACAGAGCCAGUCAAACGGGAAACACCUGCUGGGCUAUUUUUAUACACAAGAAUUCCCGUAAUAAUGGGCUCAUACAGAACUGGAGAGAUUUUGUUCUUUAUAAACGAUCAUCCCGUAGUGAAUAUGAAACUGUUUAAUACUUGCCUGUGAUUUAUAUAGAUAUACAAGUUUUUUUGUUGUGUUGUUUUGUUAUUGUAAUAGAUGUGUAAUAUUUUAAGAAUACUCAGAUUUUAGAUUAAGUACACAUGUUAACAUUGUAAGGAUUCUCAAACAUUUAAUAGCAAAUUUUGUUAUUGUUUUUUCAAUACAUCUAUUUCCGAAAAAUAGGUCUGAACUCAUUCUGCAAAGAAUGAUGGAUCUUGUGGCAUAAUAGAACAUUUCUGCUCCCAAGGUCAAGUUUUAAUUUCUAAAACAAUCACAAGGACCUUAAGGUCUUCAGUCUUUUAUUCUGGGUACAAACUCAGUCUGCAGAGAAUGAUAGAUCUUGGAGCAAAGUAAACCAUUUCCGCUCUUGUGAUAGGUUAAGCAGAACAUCCUUAAACAAUCUUAAAUCCCAUAUACUAGGAUCAAACUCAGUCUGCAGAGAAUGAUAGAUCUUGGAGCAAAGUAAACCAUUUCUGCUCUUAGGAUAGGUGAACUACAAGAUCCUUAAAUGAUCUUAAGUCCUUUAUAUAAGGAUCAAACUCUGUCUGAAGACUAAAGGAUAGGAUAGGUCAAGCAGAAGAUCCUUAAACAAUCCUAAGUCCCUUAUCCUAGGAUCAAACCUAAUAUCCUAGGAUAUUCUGCACACUGUUUUUGUUUGUGUUUAAAUUCUGUUAAGUUCUCAUUGUUAUUUAGAGCUAUUAGUAUCUUGAAGGAUUUUUUUAAAGAUACUCAUGAUAAAACUUUUUGGGUUUGGUAAAUCCAGUUUCAUCAAGUAAAUUAAUUCAGCUAAAUGAAAAAAGAUACUCAAACACCCUUAAGAUUGUUCAAGACAUAUGUGCCUGCAGUAGUUGUUACUCAAACACCCUUAAGAUUGUUCAAGACAGGUGCCUGCAGUAGUUGUUAUAUAUUAAAAAAGAUAAGUUAUCCAGUCAUCGAAAUUGGACUUUUGUAUGAACAAGCCAAAUCUUAUAUUAUUGCUUGGCAUAAACAUUUUGAAAAAGCGCUGCUUUAUAAAAUUCAGAAUUUAAGCAAGCCCUUAAAGCAUUUUACCAGUGUAGGGCUUGCGGUCUUGUGCUCGUGUUUAGAUAACUGGUUAUCAUAAAAAAAAAUUGACAUCGGGAAUAAACAAUGUUGUAUGGUUUACUAUUGAUAUACAUGUAGUUCAAAAGACGUGUAAUUAUUGUAAUAAAAACAUGUAUGUGUUAAUUAUGUAUGAUAACAAUAGCCCAUAGUUUGUUGACGCAUUUUGUGUUGUACAUAUGUUUACUAAAGUAAGUCAUUACAUUUAUUGAUUAUAGUGUUUGUGUAUUUUGUAUUGGCUUAAAACUUCAUAAGCACACCGAUAUAUAAACCCUUUGAAAUGUGUCUGACAUAUUACUUAUGAUGCCAAUACUUUCAAUGAUGUUAAACAAGUACAUGUUUGUUCAAGCUUUUUUAUUUUCAUACUUUAUAUCAGUCUAGUCUUCUUAAUAGUUUGUUAUAUGUAUUUUUUUAUGCCUCCUUUUGACAAAAAGGGCAAAAAGGUUGGCAAUAGUCGGUAGGUCAGAUGGUAUGUCAGUCGGUAGACCAAGUUUUGUCCCCAAAAAUGUUGGAAUGAUUUGAACAGGACCAUUAAAGGUCAGUGAUAGGUUUCCCUUGACCCGUAAAUGAGCCCUAUUGUAUUCGAGGUCAGAGGUCAAGGUCAUGUUCAACUGUCUUAUAAACAAAAAAACUACACAAUAACGAUUUGACCUAGAACCAUGAAACUUAAAUGGUAAUUUGGCAUUGUCCAGUAGAUGGCACCAUGUUUUUGAGGUCAAUUUAUCAAGGUCAUGGUCAACUGUCUCUUGAAAACUUUGUCUAUACGAUUGCUCAAGAAAGGUUUGACAUAGAACUAUGAAAUGUGAGUAGGGUGCCAAUAGUGGAUGACCCCAAUUGUUUUAAGGUCAAAAAUCAAGGUAACAGAAAACAGUUCAAAGAUUAAAUGUUUGUCCUCACUAUCAUAAAGGCUUGUGAUUAAAAACCAAUGUUUUUUUUCUUAAAUUACCUUUAUGUAAUUUGUACAUGUUUCCAGCAAAACGGCGCUUAGGAGGUAUAACGCAUAACAAACAUCUUUUGUUUUGAGUUUGUAUUUAUUUAAUGUUGAACUGGUUAUGGAUUUAUUGUAAAUGUUGUUAAGCAUUUUGCUUGUUAUAUCAGUUAUCUGAUUUAUACAGUACCACAAUGUUUCUGUUUGUAUAUAUUUAUUCUCGUACCAUGUUGAAGAGUGUUUCCUUUAUAUUUGUCUUAACAUUAACACCCAUUUCCAAAUGUUUCCAAGUAGCCAGGCCAAGCUUAACCAUGCUAUAACCAUUGUGUUGAAAAAUUACAAAGUGAUUCUCUUAUACGGUUGCUUGUAUUGAACGUUGUCCAUGACAACAUGGUACACAACAAUUACUUCACCAACAACCCUCAUGAUUGAAAUUAUACUCUUGCGAUGAAGCCCUCAUGUAAAUGUUUUCAAUAAGUAGGAUUGUGGAUGCUGUAACUAUUACAUAAAAUGCUUCUAGUUUUUUUCUAAAUGUCCUGGUGUAUGGUUAAAAUGAAUUAGCUUGAUCUGUAUAUGCCAUGGUAAGGGUAUCAAUAUUAAUGUGAAAAAAAAUAUUCUUGUUAUGGUAAGUUUGUAGAAAAAAUAGGAUGCCGUGAUUUUUUGUUUGUCUUCUAUUUUCUAAGAAAAAAAUUGAGGUCUUGUCACCGCCUAGGGUUGUUAAAUGCAAUGUGUUGUUAGCAUUUUGCACAGAAGCCGUUAAAUAGGCCAUUCAAGAUAUUUAAAUGAAUUAAAUUUGGUACAUAUUUUGCAAGAGACAAUAUGUAUAUGUGCAGCAACUGCUCACUUUAGUAAUUGUUCAGUUAUGACCCUUUAUUUACUGAUAAAAUAUGAAUGAGCCUUCGGCCCACAGCGUAUUUGUUAAAAAAAUUUUUACUUAAAAGAAUGUGUUGUUACAUGGCUUGUGAUUUAUUUUAUGACUACAAAUCUCUUAUUCUUUUAUUUGAUAUAUGUUAUUCCUGUUUUUCAGUUAGAGAAUAAAGAUUACUAUCAAG